CCUCCCUUCCACGGACUUCUCCCGUCGUAUCUUAAAGCAGAUCUUUCGCUGGGAUAGCCGGACAGCCAACUUCCUGUAUUAAUGUACGGGUUGCGUUCGUCAUUCGAUGUCUUUGGCGGGAUCGGUAAUAUUCCGAGUUAGUGAGGAAGCAAGCAGCAGGUGCAUGUGAAUGGCGCUCAGAGUCAAACUUAAAGUUCUCUCCAUAUGGCAGGCACAAUGGCGGACUGGGAAUCUGUUCAACAGAUAUAAAGGUGAAUAAAGGAAACCAGGAAUGAAUGAAACUCUGUUUCCCAUUGUUAAGAAUAGCGUGUAACCCCCCCGUACAAGAGACCCUCGUUCGUGGGAAGAAAACAAAAUUAUAUAUCCCAGAAAGUGAAGAAAGUGAAGCGUUGGAUCGAACGCACUCUGGAAAUAUCUCUGCUGUGAAAGACGCAGAAUAAACAAGGAUCCACCGUGAGGAAAGGAGAGGGAAUGGAGAACAACGAGACGACGAGCUCGUCCAGCCACACAGCCAAAGACAGAGUGGACAGAGUGGAUCCAUAUGGCUUUGAGCAUCCAGAGGACUUUGACUAUGAAUCAUAUGAAGAGCUGAUGUCUGAGUAUCUUGUUGUGCUCACUCAGAGGUCCAUCAAAUGGUCCAAAUUACUGAAGAGCAAACGCAAGGUGCAGAGGAAUGUAAAAUUAAAGCGUUAUAUACGUAAGGGGGUACCCAAUGAGCAUCGGGCUAUGAUCUGGAUGGCGGCUAGUGGAGCUCAAGAACAGUUUGAGAAGAACCCAGGCUACUACCAGGCCCUACUUGAAGCCCAGCAUGACCCCAAACUGGUGGAGACCAUCUGCAUAGACUUAAACAGAACAUUUCCUGAUAAUGUGCAGUUUCGGAAGACAUCUAACCCUUGUCAGCAGAAGGCUUUGUACAAUGUGCUGCGGGCUUAUGCUCACCACAAUGCUGCUGUGGGUUAUUGUCAGGGCAUGAAUUUUAUAGCUGGCUAUUUGCUUAUCGUCACAAAAGAUGAAGAAAGGUCUUUCUGGCUGAUGGAUGCACUCCUUGGCAGAAUCUUACCAGACUACUACAGCCCAGGCAUGGUCGGCUUGAAGAUAGAUCAGGAGGUUUUGGGGGAGCUGGUGAGAGUCAAGUCCCCCAGAGUGUGGAAGGCCAUGGUGGAUAAUAACGUCAUGUGGACUCUUGUGGUGUCUCGAUGGUUCAUCUGUCUCUUCAUAGACAUUCUGCCUGUGGAGACAGUUCUAAGAAUUUGGGAUUGCCUGUUCUAUGAGGGCUCGAAAAUCCUGUUCCGUGUUGCACUGACACUGAUUCAUCACCACAGAGUUCUAAUUGAACAAGCCCAGUCCCUGCCAGACAUAUGCCAAAUCUUCAAACAGAUCACACGUGGACCAUUUGUGGAGGAAUGCCACCCUUUCAUGCAGAAAAUCUUCACUGAACCUGGAAGUCUCUCCAUUGCAACGUUGACUAAACUCAGAGCAGCGUGUCGAGCACGUAUCAUUUCUGAGGAGACAAAAUGAUUAUUUUUUUCUCAUGCUCUUUAAAUAUUGCACUGGACGAAGGACCAAACAACUCCAUGUCUUGUCUUUAACACCAAUUCACUUCUGUUAAAACCUAAAUGUAAAAAUAUGAUCGUGAUAUUUAUAGCUAUGUGAUAGUAACACAAUCACAACAGUUUGUUUAGAGUUUAAAGUUUCUUCUUUAUGUUAGCAUUUACUGUAAGCACAGCCAACUGACAGGACCAAUGUAUUUUUUUUGUCAUCCACAUUUUUUUGGGGUGGAUGAAAUGUUAACUGGCACAAAGUGUGCAACAUUAUUGUGAAUUGUAAAAUGUGAAUUUCAGGAUCUUACAUUUCAUGUGGCCUAUGUCUUGUUCACCUCUAUCUGACCAAAAUAUAACACUCCUGCUUAUGUGA